AUGCCUCCCCGAUCCUACUCCAAGACCUCUCGUGUCCCUCGCAGGCCCUUCGAGGCUGCUCGAUUGGACUCUGAGUUGAAGCUCGUCGGUGAAUAUGGUCUCCGCAACAAGCGUGAGGUCUGGCGAGUUCAGUUGACUCUGUCCAAGAUUCGACGUGCUGCCCGUCAGCUUCUUACUCUCGACGAGAAAGACCCCAAGCGUCUAUUCGAAGGAAAUGCCCUCAUUCGCCGUCUCGUCCGCGUCGGUGUCCUGGACGAGUCCCGCAUGAAGCUCGAUUACGUCCUUGCCCUCAAGGUCGAGGAUUUCUUGGAGCGCCGCCUCCAGACCUGUGUCUACAAGCUUGGCCUCGCCAAGUCCAUCCACCACGCCCGUGUCCUCAUCCGCCAGCGCCACAUCCGCGUCGGCAAGCAGAUCGUCAACGUCCCUUCCUUCAUCGUCCGUCUCGACUCCCAGAAGCACAUUGACUUCGCCAUCACCUCGCCCUUCGGCGGUGGCCGAUUCGGCCGUGUCCGCAGGAAGAAGGCCAAGGCCGCUGAGGGCGGUGAUGAUGAUGAAGAGGAGGAUGAGGAGUAA